GCUGCUGCAGCAUUUGACCGGUUUGCUCCCGAGAGAAGUGAGGACAAACACUGUAAUCAUGUCUGAGAGCCCCGAGGAGCAGCCGAGUACUGGGGUCUUGGGACGUAUAGGGAGCUGGUUCUCUCCGUGGAGGGGAAAGGGUCCAAACAGUCCUACUGAAAAUGCCUCUCCAACUAACGACCAGGCUCCUAAAUCACAGAAAGAAGAGGAGGGUGAGGAGUCUGUAAGACCCCGGGCAAAGGAACAACAGGGGGAGGAGGAGAAGAAGGAGCAGAGCUCCAAUACCAAUCCACUGGGUCUCCUUAGAGACAUUUUCCCCAGUGAAGAGGAGGACGCCACGCAGUCUGCCCGCAGAGACGGCUCUGUUGUGAGCAGCACUGAGACUGCAGAAGGAGGUCCAAGAGGGGAGGAGUUUGUGGGGAGCAGGAAGAAGAGAACAGGGCAGGGCCAGGAGAGGGAGGAGACCAGCAGCAGCAGCAGCAACGGUACUUCAGCGAGCGGGAAUCCUGAGAAGAAUGCCAGUCAUCUGACACAUCUCUCCUCUAAACAGGGAGUGGUAUGGGACUCUGACCGGGCCCACACUCAGCCUCAGGCCCAGAGACAAGUACAGGCCAGGACAGGCAAGAGGCUUCAUGUGUACCUGGAGGAGACCAGCGUGAUUAAGUGUGGCAGCGACGGCCGUGCUGGACAGGAAGUUGUUCGCACCGAAGUCACGAAAAGCCUGAAAGUUCUCACCAAGGCAAAGUCAUCACCAAGUUUUGACUUAACAAAGAGCUCAAGUUCAGCAAGUGCAGAGAACAAAAGGGCAGAUGUGAGGCCCACUGUAGGCACACAGAGUUAUUACAGCGCCGCAGUGGGAGUGUCACUGAAAUCACGCAAAGACACACAGUCCGAACCUGACCAAGAACAAACAGAGGCCGACAGCAUGGGGCGUAAAAACGCAGCCAGAAGGAAAUUCAAGAAGCACACUCAGGGAGAUGGAGCUAACAGCCCGCAGGAAAAAAUGUCCCCCAGUUCUGAACCUCCUCCCGAGGGAUUCCCUAUAUCAGAUAACUCAGUGACCAGUCCUCAGGUCAAAAGUCCAAAGACUCACAAGGGAGAGUCAUCUAUAAACUCCUCCUACAAGCACACCCCCACCUCUCAGGCCUCACCUGAAGUAAAGGAGAGUAAGACUUCCUGUCCUGACACAGUCAAGCAGUUGGACAAGUUCCAGGAGACAAACUCAGUCGGUGCAGUGACUGUGGCAUGUGUGGUUGAUGGGGCCGCAGACAUGGAGGACGAUGACAGUCUUUACAAAGUGGAGAGGAAGACCGAGACACCAGAGUCCAAACGCAGGAGUGUUAAAGUUUCUCGGAGUGAGGUGAAGCUUUUCACAAAAAAUGUUCCUCUGAGGCAAAGUCCAGUGGGAGGCAACCAGGAUUUUCAGGCUAAAGAUGAAGCAAAGGAUAUGCCCAAAACAGAGAUUGAUGCAAGACUUCACGACUUGAAGAAAGAAGAUGAGGAACCUAAACCAGUCCUUGGACGGAUCGCUGAUAAAAUCAGCCUCUUUGAGCGCCCUGCUGGGGCGCUCAACAAGCAGACCUUCCAAACUCCGAGGAGUGCCGAUGUCUCACCGGUCCGCAAAGCCACGGACAGGCUGAAAUCAGAGUUUGCCUUGUCUGACCAGCGAUCAAAAUCAGCUGAGCGUUAUGAAAAGGCCAGGUCAAGCUCUGCCUCACCCAACAGGGAGAGGCCGAUGACGAUCAAGGAGCGAGCGAGGAACUUCAUCGAGGCAUCUAAAUCAGACAGCAAGGUAGUGUUGCCUCCAAAGCCAGCAAUGACGGGAAUGUCUCAAAAAUCCACCUCGUCUGUAGCUGUUGCUGCAUCAGAGUCGCCAGAACUGGACAAUCAGGGUAGACUGGAUUCUAAAGAGCAGAUGCCAACAAAAGCAAUCUCAGAGAUAACAUUGAAACCAGAAGGACGAGACAUCACUGCUGCAGCGGGACAGACUUCCAUUCCUAAGGAACAAACAACAGACUCCAAUUCAAAGGUCACAGUCGCCUCGAAAACAGAAGACCAGGCUACGAAACCUGACGGCGUUGAAGCAAACGACCCAGCUAAGGAGACAGGUGAUACUGCAGAACUGGCCGAUAGCAGCCAAUCGUCCAAAGGCCCAAGCAGAACAGGCUCCCGCUCUAAAAGAAGAAAAAGUCGAGAACCAACCAGUCCCAUCGGCCCGAAUAGUGAAAACAAACCAGAUCGCUCCACAGGUAAUACAGAGGUCAAUGCUAUCAAACAAGAUCGGGUGGAUGAUACAAAGGGCACCAUUCCUGCCUCUAAAAAACUCACAGAGAAUGUGUCAUUACCAUCCGAUAAAGCCAAAGAAGGUACAUCAGAUGAACAGUCUUUAUCUGACAAACAGAAAGCAGUUAAUAAACAACAGGAUGUGUCUGACAAACAGAAGACAGAGGCAAACUCUUCAUCUGAAAAGGAGAGUAUUAGCAAGCCAGUCAACAGACAGGAGCCUGAACCAUCUGUCAACAGAGAUGAACCUGAUACUGCUGCUCGUAGCCGUGGAACAAAGACGCCUAUUGACAAGGCUGCUGUUAUUUUACCCCAAAAGGAGGAAAAGGCAGGGGGACACAGUCCCUUAUUGACAGAGGAGACAGUAAAGGCAUCCAAGGACGGCAACGAAACACCAGCUUCUUCCCCCUCACCUGUGGUAAAACAAUCUACUGAGAAGCAACAGCUGCCUGCUAAACAUCCCAAAUUAGAGAAGGAAUUGUCAACACAAUCUGAACUGAAAAGUAAAGGAAAAGUGGAGGAAGCCACCAAGAAAGACACUGUGAAAACACAGCAGCCCCAGCAUAAGGACACAGAGCUGAUGAAUCAGUCUGAGAGUAAAGAUGUGGGGAAAACAGACAAAGUGGAGCGCAAAAAAACUAAUAGGCCUGAGCUGAAAGACAAAGAGGCACCACAGCAGCUCCUCGGUUCACAUGAAAAUACCACAGAGGUCAAGGUUUCCGAAAGAGGACAGAGUAUCUCGGGGCCAGAGGAGAGUGUUGCUAGAAUUGAUGAAAGAAAAAAGGAUGAAAAAAAAGAAAAGGCACGGCCAGUUAAAGACAAAAGAAAACCAGAAACCAGCCAAGCAGAACCGGCAUCUGAGUCCUCGUCGUCAGACCUCCCUGCUCAAACACAACACAUCAGACAGGCGACGACUACACAUACAGAAAAAGCUGCUGUGUGUGCCGACACCCAGACUAAUGAGGAUGCUGCAAGUGGGACCGUGAGUGAUAAGGUGCUUUCUAAGGGAGAGACAGCAAAAAAUGGGCCCGCUGAUUUGAAAACAAAGCCCACAGAAAGCCCUCAAACGGACUCAGUGGUGAUUGGAGCGGGACCACAGCCUGACUCUGGGUCUGUGGAAAAAACUGAAAACACACCAGAUGACUCAUGUGCACAUGGAGUUAAUGAUGCCGAGCUCUCCAGUGCAAAACCUAUUACCAAAGCAACUACAGCAGCUGGGGAAGCAGCUGUAAAAGCCCGUAAUGACACUCCAGUGGCGACAACUGCACAGGCUGACAGUGUUGCAGAGAAACGCUUAUCUGCUAAAGGGCCGACACAGAUACCUGGGUCUGAAUCUGUGAACACCGAGGGAGUGAGGCAGGGUGACGAGAAAAAAACUUCAGCUGUCAAAUCAGCGCCCUCAGAAGUCACGGUUUCAAGAGAUAUCGUGAAACUCACUCCACAGGGUGACGCAUCCAAAAAUACAGGGAGCACAAGUGAUAGUGCUUCACUCAAGGGGCCAGAAAAAAUGGCACACCUGCCUGCUGAUAGCACCGCUUCCAGCGCGAUAGCUUCUGUGGCGGAAAAGACAGCUGAGAAAACACUCCAUUCAGCACUGAAUGAACUUUCACCUGUUGCUAACGGUGAUAUCUCUGCUCAAUCGCAUCUCCCCACAGCCAAAAAAGAACUGGUGAAUAAGAAGCCGAGCCAAACUCCAAAGGCACCCGCUUCCCUGGAGGCUAACAAGCCGCUCCCAAAUUCAACCCAGCGUUCACCCAUGAGGAAACUCCAAUUGCCACGGGGACUGAGCAAAGACGAUUCUUUAGCGCCGCGAGACGCCCCCUCUAGCUGGCUGGAUGUGGAUUUUUCCCCCAAACAGAAACCCAAAGUCUUGAAGCCCAAACUGAGCUCCGCUGUAAGUGAAAGCGAUCUGCUGGAGACUUCCGGUGAGCUCGACGAUGACGAUUUCAUUGAAAAAAUCAAGAAUCUUUGCGCCCCGUUCUCCCUCCCGCCACGUAAACACAACCCGCUCAAGCCACCUCAGCCGCCGUUCGCAUUGCCCGCCAUCAAGGAGGACCGUUUUGAGAAGACGUUCGACCCUGAGGAGUUUAAGUUUGGACUGAGGAGGAAGGAUAAGUUCAGCAUAGACACGACCCCGAGCAUCUUAGCCAAGCUCCAGAGCACGGACCUAAAAUCUGGCCUCAAGCCUGCCAGGGCUAGUGUGACUGACAGGAGUAUGCUGCUCAGUAGCCUGGACACACACUCUCGCCUCAAGGACCAGGCCCCCGUCAAAGAUGAGGGGGAGGUCAGGGAGGAGAAAGAUGACCAGAUUAGAGUGAAGUCUCGCCUACAGGGGAGCUGUGUCUUCAGCAGCCUCGCAUCCUCUAUCAGAGGGAAGAGGAAUGGAGUUCAGAAGCAGGAAGGACGCACUAACUCUGAGGAAGUGUCACCCAGCGAGGCUCCCAGGCUGAGUCCACCUUUAUCCAAGCCUCCCCCUCAAAGCCCGACUGCCACAGCUCCACACAGAGACACGCUGGCCAAACAGAGCUCUGCCCCGAGCACCAGAGAGGAAGCCCAGGCUGCCGAGGCUGUGGUCAGUGACUCAGGCCCUCCACUUCCCUCGUUUAACGACAUCAAGCUGCCUGACUAUUUAGAGAAGUACCUCCCCCGAGAACCGGCAAAACCAGCACAGAGCACACAAGGACAGGAACCAGUCAAAAGCGAGGUUAUUGGAAAAAUGUCAACCUCGGGAGAUGAGACUGAAGCUUUGCAGCCACGUCCGCUGCUUCCUGAUGCCACGCCUCCAUCUUUUCCCGGGAUUCCUCCACCCACACACCCUACACUCCAUGAGCUGAAGCAGCCUCCAGCUCAGCCACAGGGGAUACUUGGUAAACAUAUAAGAAUUGCCAAGGGAUUUCACAAGCGCCCUGGAAAGAUGGUGCUGUUUGAGAAGGCUCAGUUCAGUGGUCAGGUGUACGAGGUUCACAGGGACGUAGCAGACGCAACCGCUCUGCAGCUCUCACCCCUCAUAUCAGCGAAGGUCGUCAGAGGAUGUUGGAUUCUCUAUGAGAAGCCUGACUUCCAGGGACGCACCAUCGCCUUGGAGGAAGGGGGCAUUGAAUUGACAAAUGUAUGGGCAGAGCCCGAGCAUGAGCCUGGGCUUGGGCCAGUGUCAAAACCACACAGCAACCCACCGAUGGUGAUCGGCUCCAUUCGACACGCUGUGUGGGAUUACAGCAUCCCCCAUAUUGAUCUGUUUACUGAACCGGAGGGCCGCGGCAGAGUAACACCUUACCACGACGACACGAUAGAGACGGGCUCAUUUGGUAUCCCACUGAGCACUGCUUCCAUCCAAGUGCACUGUGGGGUGUGGCUGGUGUUCAGUGACCCGGGGUUCCAGGGCAUGAUAGCUGUGCUGGAGGCAGGAGAGUACCCCGUUCCCGAGGCCUGGGGCUUCCCGUCACCAUUUGUCGGCUCCCUUAGACCACUUAAAAUGGGUGGAUUCAAAGUGGAGAGUCCCUGUGAGGUCAAGGCUGUGGCUUAUGAGAAACCAGGCUUUGAGGGCUCCCAUGUGGAAAUCGACAGCGACGUCUUCGGCUUUUGUGAAAGUGAAGGAGGCAUUUCUGCAGAGGGAGCAGACCUUGACUCAAAGAAACUGAAGUCUGUCGGUUCUUUAAAGAUCAUCGGAGGACUCUGGGUGGGAUACAGCGAGCCGGGCUUUGAAGGCCAGCAGCACAUCCUAGAGGAAGGAGAGUACCUGGACUGCAGGGGCUGGGGAGGCUCAGAGCAGCUGCUGUCACUGCGACCAGUACUGGCUGACUUCUUGACUCCGCACCUCAAAAUGUUCAGCGACAGAGACUUCGGCGAGCUGGGACUCAACAUUGACCUCUCGGUGCCUGUUAUUAACAUGGAAGACACGGGCUACGGCAUGAAGACGCAGUCGAUUGAUGUCAUGGGUGGCGUCUGGGUGGUGUUUGAUGAGCCAGGCUUUUGUGGCGAGCCCUACAUCCUGGAGAAGGGCCUGUAUGGAAGCCCGGAGGACUGGGGGGCACUGCAGCCCAAAGUGGCCUCAGCAAUGCCUGUUGUUUUGGAUGAUUUCGAGAACACCGCCAAGUUUAAGGUGCAGCUUUUCUCUGAACCGGGUUUUCAAGGCUCCGUCCUUGCUGUCGAGGACAGCGUGGCCUCCCUGGAGGACGGCUUCUCUGUGGCCUCCUGCAAGGUCUUGGCCGGCAGCUGGCUUGCAUUCGAAGGCCAGGACUUCGCUGGCAGGAUGUAUGUGUUAGAAGUCGGGAGCUACUCAGACCUGAGAGCAAUGGGCUGUGUCAACGCGAGCUCCUCCAUCCUGUCGCUACAGCCUGUCGGCUUUGAGUUCUCACUGCCAUCCAUUACACUGUUUGAGCGGCGUGAUCUGCGGGGGAAGAGGGUGAUUGUGACAGACGGAUCAGUCAACCUUCAGCUGGCUGGAGGCUGCAGCAGAGUCCAGUCAGUGCUGGUGGAAGGAGGCAUCUGGGUACUAUACGAGGGUAUCAACUAUCGGGGGGCUCAGAUUUUGCUGAAACCUGGCGAGGUGUGUGACUGGCAGAAGCUCAGCUGCUGGCAGAAAAUCGGAUCCCUCCGCCCUCUUCUACAGAAGCAGGUGCACUUCCGCUUGAGGAACAGACAGACCGGGCUCAUGAUGUCGGUCACCGGCGAUUUGGAUGACGUCAAGCUGAUGCGGAUCCAAGAGACAGAGGAGACCGACGGGUUCGAGCAGAUCUGGUUCUACCACUGCGGACAUCUCCACUGCAAGCUGAUGGAGGAGUGCUGCCUGGGCCCCAGUGGUAGUGUGACAAUGGCAGGAAGCCGCGUAGGUCUGAGCCCGGAACCAAACCACGUCCAGCUGUGGAGCAUCACCCCCGAGGGCUUCAUCCGCUACAACGCCACCUCUGAUCUGGUCCUGGAGGUCAAAGGGGGUCAUCACUACGACAAAAACCUAGUGAUUCUAAACACACUUGAUCCAAAUAAACUACAACAAAGGUGGAACGUGGAGAUUAUAUGAGAGUAUACGAGCUGCUGGACUGGAUCCCUUGACUGACUGGAGGCAGGGCUCCACCAAGGGCUGUGUUACGCAGCUGUGAGAGGAGCGCUCGAGGUCGAGGUACGACAUUGGAGAUGAUCGACCUUUGCCGCAGGAGAACAAAUUUCCAAUGAGGAGGUCAACAUGGAGGAGCUGAAGUGUGGAUAAACCCGUAAGAAUGUAUUAAUGCCCAGCCUGAACUUUAAACACUUUGCGUUUUACACUUCCAGUAAUAAAUCCUGAUGUUUAUUUUGUGUCUUUUUGAAUGAAUGUUUGCCUGAUGUUAAUUAACUUAAACAGUGUUAACACGUCUUUUUCUUUUUUUUAAUGCAAUGUCCUGUUAUAUUUAAUGGCUUUA